AGUGUUAACUUUGGGUCGGGUUGUACAUACGUUAGCACUGUAUCGUAUUUCGGUUAUCCUUUGGCUGCGUGCCGCGUCCCCCGGCGAUCGCUUGCCCACCUGCCUGAAUUACCAACAGCCCGGAACCACCCAGCGCCCCGAAGCUUAAUACCAUCCCGCCCCACCAGGACCCUUCCUUUGGCCUUUCGUGUGUUUCCCAUCUUCAAUCCCUCCUCCUGAUCCCCGCAUUUGGCAUUGCCAGAACCGGGCUGUUGCCGCCAUGAAGUUCUUCAGAAAGAAAGACAAGCUGAGGAAUGGCAGCAACAGCGGCCCGAGCUGGAUGCCGGGCUUCGGCAGCAGCGGCUCCUCUACCGGCAACCAUGGCCAUUUGGCCCCCGCCCGUGGGUACGGCCCCGGCGACUCUUGGCCCGAUGGCUCCCGGUCCUUCUUCGGCUCACCACCAGCCUCGGGCAUCCACGGCGCACGAGCUGACUCUCAAUUCAACCAUUUCAAUCCGCGGCCCACACGUGCCUCAGCUGCUACACUCUCCCGUCUCCCCGCCGCCAUCCUCGAGCGCAUAUUCACCUUUGUGUGUCCCCAAAGCCGCGACGAGAGCUACAGCACCUGUGAGCAGAGCGCAGUCGAGGAUGGCUGCAUGCUGUGCGACCUGCGCGACCUGGCGCAUUGCGUAGCCGUAUGCAGACGGUGGAGGGACGAGGGCGUCAAACUGCUAUACCACAGCAUUCGAAUUGACAGCGUACAUUAUUGCGAACUCGAGGCCGUCCUUGCCGAGCGCCGGAAGCGGCGCUCCAGAUUCGACCGCAAUGGCCAGCCAGACGACCCGGCACAAGCCCGCCUGAAGCUGCUCUGUCGCACCCUCCGCGAGGACCCUGUACGCCGCGGCCGCCUCGUUCAGUUUCUCAAGAUGCCGUACAUGUUACGCGAGUCAUGCCAGGCCGACCUAGCACGGACGAUAGCUGUGACGCCGAGCCUGCGUUACGUCGACUUGCCCGAGGGCCUCUUUUCUGACGAGCCCUCGUUCCUUACGCUCCGUCUCGAGGUGCAGGCGCGAUGCCUCGACCUGCGCAAGAUGACGUACAUGGCAGGCUCCGAGAACAGUCUGCAGGCCCUGGCGACGGGAAGAGUGUGGACUCGGCUCGAAGUGCUGGAGUUAAUCCGAAUAGACAUGGAGCCGAUUAUGCUGAGGCAAGCCCUGAGCUGCCUGGGUAACCUUCGCGCCCUCAAAAUCAACCAGACGGCAGCCAUCAAUGACGAGACGUUAGCAUGGAAUGAAUCAAUGCCACCUUUCCCGCCCCUCGAAGAGUUUAUUCUCACCGAUAUUCCCAGUGUCACCGCCGAGGGUCUCAAAGCGUGGCUGGUCCUGCCCGAAGCAAGGCAAACCUUGAGGGUGCUCACCCUGAACCGUACCGGCGUGCGCCCCUGGGCCCUGCAAGAAGUGCUAGCCUAUGCGCCGCGCCUCAAACACCUGUCCAUCCUCGACGCCGUGACAGCCUCCCUAUCCUCCGCCGCCGGUUCGUACAACAACAUCCCGCCUCUCUCGUCUGUCAGCCUCGAGUCGUUGCACUUCGAAAUCACGGCGGCGCCCUCGACGCCCAAAUACUCAAACGUCACCUCAAGCUACUACAACUACCUAGCCAACUCUCUCCUCUCCGGCGGCCUGCCGAACCUGCGCGCCGUCUACGUCAGAGACCCCAACUUCCCGGACCUGCUGCUGGGCCUGCCCCCUCCAGCCCCAGCCUACGCUGAAGGCGGCGUCGCUCGUCCAGCAAGCAGCGGCUCCGCCUCCCCCUAUUCCAAGAGUCUCUACGCCGGAUCCCCACCACACAUGUCGAAUAACCACAACAACCCCUUCACUCCGCACCACCGCCCCGCAGGCUCCCUUUCCUCCUUGAACGGCUUACCACUCCCGCCUUUCAACCCCGCCACCAACCCCCGCUUCAGCAGCAACAACCCCUUCGCUACCGCCUCCUCCUCCGCCUUCCUAUCCCCCGCACCACCACCGUUUACCGGGCAGCCGGGCGGUUUCCUGAACCUCCCCGCAAAACUCGAAGUCUUCACCAAAGGCGACGACGACAGCCUGGGCUGGUCCUUUGUCCGCGUCGGCGGCGGCGGGCGUCGCCCUGCAGAAGAAGAUGGCGCAGGAGGCCGCCGCCGGCCCCUCAGCAGCUACGGCCUUGCCGCCGCCGACGUCAUGGGCGGCAGCACCGCCGGGUGGAGCACUGGCGCGGGAGCACGCAGGAGCGUGCUUGUGGCUGGUGCGGGCGCCGGGGGUGGGUUCUUGGCUGUUCCCGGCCAGACAGGCGGUGCUAGUGCUGGGGGUGGAGGAGGAAGGAGUUGGAGGGGGGAGAGUUGGGCUGGUGGUGGUGGUGGUGGUGGUGAUGAUGGUGGUGGAGAGAGUGAAUGGCCCAGGCCAAGAAGCAGUGCGGGUGAGAAGAAGAGGGAGAGGUUGGAUCUGUGGCGGUAACUGGUAAGGGGUGUCAGGGAGGGUGGAUGAUCUCUCCGUUUGGAUUGUUUCUGUUAUUGUUGGGGUUAUGGAUCGGUAAGGCAGUGGGUUUUAGCGGUCAAGGCGAAAUGUUUAUGGGCACAGAUGAGAUGCUUGCAUGUAUUUGAUGUGGCGUCCGAGGGAAAGUUGAUCAGAGGACGGGGAAGCGGUGGAGUAUUGGGCACCCUCUGUUGGUUUGCUGUUUCUCCUUGAAAGCAGAUUGGGACUUUCUCCUUUUUGCUGAGCUGGGAAUGUGUGUUGGUAUACCCCGUGGUCAGUAACGCAAUAUGUGUGUUGUCUUCGAUGUACACUGGGAUGUGAGUUGGCUCGGGUCGGUUGGGAGUUGUUACUGCUGUGGCUCCUUUUGAGAGAAUUUGCCUUUGGCUUUCGUUAGCAUAAUACAUACAGUAUGCUGCUGAGUGUUCCUGUGCCGUCACGCCACAUAAUUUGGAAGGAUCUCCAGUUCGAUCUUG